AGAAAUUUCAUACCUGGAUAAAACCAAGAUGUAUUUUUUACUUACGAUUUUCAUUUGUUUUGUUUUGUUUCCUAGUUGAUUUGGAUUCUAGAGGAGGUUUCAUAAUAAUAUAAGUUGGAUGGAGAAUUCGUAUUACAAAGAGCCGCCCCGAUUGAGUGUGAAUGCUGACGAUUAUUGAAGCUCUUGUUGCUUUGGUAUUUUCACAUCAGCAGUUUUUUGAAAAAACGCGAUACAGGGUUCCCCUUUGUUUAAAGAAAAUGAACAAAUGUAAAAAUGAGAUAAUAAAGAGAGGAGAAUUUUAGAGCAGAAAAAAGUCAAGCCUUUUGCUUAAAGGCGUGUACUCUUACAUAACUUUUUUUUUUUUAUGUUCUUCAUCUUCAUUGUUAGUAGUGUUACAAGAUUCUCUUGCUCAUAAUUUCUCAUCGAGGGUUGUGAGGAAAUCGAAUCAAUGGGUAGCAGACACAGAAUUGGAGUAUGGGUAAUCUGUUGGUGUCUUGUAAUAGUGAGUCAAGUUAGUUUGAGUAGUUCAGAGAGGCUAUUCAAGCUUCCUGGACUUGAUAACUAUAAGCAAGCGGUACCAAGUUAUGAGCUUCAUCAUGAUGAGAUAGGAGGAAGGAUUGUGGAUGACAAUGGGUUCAUGGAGUUGCAGAGAAAGAAUUCUUCUUAUACACCUGUCUGGCCUAAGAUGGAGUUUGGGUGGAGAUCAGUGGUAGGAACCAUAAUUGGGUUUUUCGGGGCAGCAUUGGGAAGCAUUGGAGGUGUCGGUGGUGGUGGUUUCUUUGUCCCUAUGCUCACUUUGUUCAUUGGAUUCGACCCCAAAUCCUCAAUUGCCAUUUCUAAAUGUAUGAUCAUGGGAGCUGCUGGAUCAACUGUUUACUACAAUCUGAAGCGUCGGCAUCCAACAUUGGACUUACCUAUCAUAGACUAUGACCUCGCAAUGCUUUUCCAGCCCAUGCUCAUGUUAGGAAUUAGUAUCGGAGUAGCCUUCAAUGUCAUGUUUGCAGAUUGGAUGGUCACGGUUCUGCUCAUCAUCCUCUUUGUUGCUACAUCAACUAAGGCAUUUCUGAAAGGUAUUGAAACAUGGAAGAAAGAAACAAUAAUGAAAAAGGAAGCAGCCAGAAUGUUGGAGUCAGAUUCAAGGUCAACAGAUGAUGCUGAACAAGAGGAAUACAGACCUAUUCCAAGUGGUCCACCUGCUUUGGUGGUUGAGAAGGUACCCCUAGUGGAAAAUGUCCACUGGAGAGAGUUUACGGUGCUUCUCUUUGUGUGGGUGGCUUUUCUUGCCGUGCAGAUUGUUAAGAUGUACUCUAAAACUUGCUCCACAGAGUACUGGAUUCUGAAUUUGUUACAGGUACCAAUUGCUGUGUCCGUAUCACUCUAUGAAGCUGUCUGCUUAUACAGAGGGACUAGGGUGAUUGCAUCUAUAGGGAAAGAAGUAACAGACUGGAAAGUGCAUCAACUUCUAUUAUACUGUAUCUGCGGUAUAAUAGCCGGUAUAGUUGGUGGAUUGCUAGGGCUUGGAGGUGGCUUCAUCCUGGGACCACUUUUUCUUGAAUUAGGAGUUCCACCACAGGUUGCAAGUGCAACAUCAACCUUUGCGAUGGUAUUCUCCUCCUCAAUGUCAGUUGUACAGUAUUACCUUCUGAAACGGUUUCCUAUUCCAUAUGCUUCUUAUUUCUUUUUGGUUGCCACUCUUGCCGCAUUUACUGGACAACACGUUGUAAGGAAGUUAGUAAAGUUGCUAGGCCGGGCAUCUUUGAUCAUAUUCAUCUUAGCUCUCACUAUCUUUGUGAGCGCAAUAAGUUUAGGUGGAGUGGGGAUAGCAAGUAUAAUUAACAAGCUGGAGCACCAUGAGCAUAUGGGCUUCGACACUCUAUGUUAGCCUCUCCUGUCCACUACUUCGUGACGCUAUGAACCGAAUUCCUCACGCUUAAUGAAAUUCCACUACACCAAAACCCAUUAAAUCAUACGAGGAUUUGUUUCAUCCCCUGGUUUUGUUAGGAAAAAAAGAAAAAAAAAACUCUUAUGGUGUGUAGAUUACUUCUCUUACAGCUAGUGAAACUUUCCUAGAGUUAGUCAUGUUCCUAAAUCCUGUAUAAGAAGAUUUAUUUUGUACAAACAAUUGCCAGUGACAUAUUGUUUAUGAAUCAUGUAGGCAAUUCAAGUUGCUAAAGGAC